GAAAACAAGGUUAAACAACUACAAAUUGCUGGCUGGCUGCUGCUUCUAGACCCUUCUCGUUUCCCUUCUCUUUCUGGGUUUUUCUCCCUUUAAAAACGCAACCCCCAAGCUCUCCCAUUGUCUUGACAUCCCAACACUCUCUUUGUUACUUUCUAGAGCUUUCUUCUAUUCCUUUGUUUUCUUUCCCCAAAGAAACCAUGUAUCGUUUCGCUUCAAGCCUCGCUUCCAAAGCUAGGAUUGCUAGGAAUACUACACAUCAGAUUGGCAGUAGAUUGAGUUGGAAUAGGAACUAUGCCGCAAAAGAUAUAAAAUUUGGGGUAGAAGCUCGAGCUUUGAUGCUUAAAGGCGUUGAAGAACUUGCUGAUGCUGUUAAAGUUACCAUGGGUCCCAAGGGACGAAAUGUGGUUAUUGAACAAAGCUAUGGUGCUCCAAAAGUGACUAAAGAUGGUGUGACUGUUGCAAAGAGCAUUGAUUUCAAGGAUAAAAUCAAGAAUGUUGGUGCUAGCCUUGUGAAACAAGUUGCGAAUGCCACCAACGAUGUAGCUGGUGAUGGGACUACUUGUGCAACAUUGCUUACACGAGCAAUAUUUACAGAAGGAUGCAAGUCAGUUGCUGCUGGAAUGAAUGCAAUGGAUCUAAGACGUGGCAUAACAAUGGCAGUUGAUGAUGUUGUAACAAACUUGAAAAGCCGGGCACGGAUGAUUAGCACAUCUGAAGAAAUAGCUCAGGUUGGAACAAUAUCAGCUAAUGGAGAGAGGGAAAUUGGUGAGUUAAUUGCAAAAGCCAUGGAGAAGGUUGGCAAAGAGGGGGUGAUCACAAUUCAAGAUGGGAAAACAUUAUUUAAUGAGUUGGAAGUUGUUGAGGGCAUGAAGCUUGACAGGGGCUACAUAUCCCCAUAUUUCAUCACCAACACGAAAAACCAAAAAUGUGAAUUAGAUGAUCCUCUUAUUUUGAUCCAUGAGAAGAAAAUAUCUAGCUUAAAUGCUGUGGUGAAAGUACUAGAGUUAGCUUUGAAGAGACAAAGGCCAUUGUUGAUUGUAGCUGAAGAUGUAGAGAGUGAAGCACUUGCGACCCUCAUUCUUAACAAGCUUCGUGCUGGAAUCAAGGUCUGUGCCAUAAAAGCCCCUGGUUUUGGAGAAAAUAGGAAGGCGAGUCUGCAGGAUCUUGCUGUCCUCACAGGAGGAGAGGUUAUAACUGAAGAACUUGGAAUGAACCUUGAAAAGGUGGAUCUUGACAUGCUUGGCACUUGCAAAAAGGCUACUGUCUCAAAGGAUGACACUGUUUUUCUUGAUGGGGAUGGUGACAAGAAAGCCAUUGAAGAAAGAUGCGAACAGAUUAGAUCAGCAAUUGAAUUGAGCACCUCUGAUUAUGAUAAGGAGAAGUUGCAAGAAAGAUUGGCAAAGCUUUCUGGCGGUGUUGCUGUCCUGAAGAUCGGAGGAGCUAGUGAAGCUGAAGUUGGUGAGAAGAAGGAUAGAGUUACGGAUGCAUUAAAUGCCACAAAGGCAGCUGUAGAAGAGGGUAUUGUGCCAGGUGGUGGUGUCGCUCUUCUGUAUGCAUCCAAAGAGUUGGAUAAGCUACCUACAGCGAACUUUGACCAGAAGAUUGGUGUUCAAAUUAUACAGAAUGCUCUAAAGACACCUGUGUACACAAUUGCUUCGAAUGCAGGAGUGGAGGGAGCUGUUGUUGUUGGUAAGCUGUUGGAGCAGGAUAACCCGGAUCUUGGGUAUGAUGCCGCCAAAGGUGAAUAUGUCGAUAUGGUAAAGGCUGGUAUUGUUGACCCAUUGAAAGUAAUUAGAACUGCUUUGGUUGAUGCGGCAAGUGUGUCAUCAUUGAUGACAACAACCGAAGCUAUUGUAGUUGAACUUCCCAAGGAUGAGAAGGAUGUUCCAGCAAUGCCUGGCGGUAUGGGUGGCAUGGAUUAUUGAGGUUAUUCCUAACAACACACUGAUCGAAAUUGCCUUGAUCUAGUAACUGUUUUUCCUCCUUCCCAAUAUCUCAUGAAGAAAAGAAUAUCAGCUUUUUUUAGUUGUUUUAGUCUUGUUUCAGUUGGAAGGCAAUCGAUGUAAUCGUAAGGAGAGAGCAACUUGUAGGUAGUUUUGGUGAUCAAGGUCAAAACUGUUUGAUUGUUGUUGGUAGGAAGAAUUGGAUUGCAUGGAACCAUCGUUUUUGGAAAUAACGAAAAAAAGAAACACUAUCAUCCUUGCACACUU